GGGCGGGGGCUUUUAUUUUGAUACAGUGUGAAUUCCCCUCCGUGUAGCCGGAUGAGGCUUGUGGAGGUUUGGCUCGACUUUCUUCAGUUUAAGGUUAAAUUAGUCUCGGAACCGAAUCGAAGUCUCCGAUUAAAGAAGUCGGAAACACAGCGGAGCAAGACGAGACUGGUGUAAUUAUUUGGACAAAAUGGCAGAAGGUGCAUUGAUGCCUGAGAAGCCUGAGGAUGAAGAACAAGAGAUGUACUCUACAACGUCGCUAACGUCCCACGAUCCUCAGACAUUCUCUGCAACGUUGUCAACGUCCCGUGACCAUGAGACGUUCUCUGCGACGUUGCCAAUGUCCUGCAACCCUGAGACGUUCUCUACAUCACCAGCAUCCCGCAACCCUGAGACAUUUUCUGCAACGUUGCCAACGUCCCACAACCCUGAGACAUUCUCUGCAACGUUGCCAACGUCCCACAACCCUGAGACAUUCUCUGCAACGUUGCCAACGUCCCACAACCCUGAGACAUUCUCUGCAACGUUGCCAAUGUCCCGUGACCCUGAGACGUUCUCUACAACAUCAGCAAUGUCUAGCAACCCUGAGACAUUCUCUGCAACGUUGCCAACGUCCCACAACCCUGAGACAUUCUCUGCAACGUUGCCAAUGUCCCGUGACCCUGAGACGUUCUCUACAACAUCAGCAAUGUCUAGCAACCCUGAGACAUUCUCUGCGACGUUGCCAAUGUCCCGUGACCCCGAGACAUUCUCUGCGACACUGUCGACGUCGCACAACCCUGAGAUGUUCUCUACAACAUCAAUGUCUCGAAACCCUGAGACAUUCUCUGCGGCGUUGCCAACAUCCCGUGACCCUGAGAGGUUCUCUCCUGCGUUGCCAACAUCUCGUGGCCCUGAGACGUUAUCUACAUCACCAACAUCCCGCAAGCCUGAGACGUUCUCUGCACCAUUACCAACGUCUCACGACCCUCAAACGUUCUCUGUCACGUUGCCAACGUCCCGCAACCCUGAGGUGUUCUCUGCGCCAUUGCCAACAUCUCGCGACCCUGAGACAUUCUCUACAGCACCAACAUUCGGCAAGCCUGAGACAUUCUCUGCACCGUUGCCAACGUCUUGCGACCCUGAGACGUUCUCUGCGACAUUGGCAACAUCUCGCGACCCUGAGACGUUCUCUGCAACGUUGCCUAUGUCUCGCGACCCUCAGACGUUCUCUGCAACGUUGCCUACGUCUCACGACCCUCAGACGUUCUCUGCAACGUUGCCUACGUCUCGCGACCCUCAGACCUUCUCUGCAACGUUGCCAACGUCGCGCGACCCUCAGACGUUCUCUACAACGUCGUCAACAUCUGGUGAUCCUGACAAUUUCUCUACAACGUCGCCAACGUCCCAUGACCCUGAGAUGUUUUCUAAAACAUUACCAACAUCUUGCAACUCUGAGACGUUCUCUACAACAUCACCAGCGUCCUGCGAACCUGAGACGUCCUCUACAAAGUCGCCAACGUCUUGCAAUCCUGAGAUGUUCUCUACAACGUCACCAAAGUCCCACAAGCCCAAGACAUUGUCAUUGACAACUGUGCUGACAUCGCGCUCCAAAAAACCCUUUGUGAAGUCAGUGGAGACGGAUCUAUCCAUGGCUGACAUUGAGGCAAUCCAAGAAGAAAAUCACCACCUGAGGAAGAGGGUGGCGUCUGUGGUGAAGAAAAUAAAGCAGCGUGAGUUCUACAACCUAAGAAAGCGUGUGGAGGUUUCCGACCCGUCCAGGCUGCGCUCGGACUGUAACGGGAGGAGCAGACGUAAACAGCGGACCCCCUUAAAGCUGUGUUCGAUGCGGAUGGUGGACUACACAGGGUCCGAGGAUGCUGAGGGAGCAGACAGCGAAAUUCUAUCGGACGAAGAAGAAGAAGGAGAAGAAGAGGACGAAGUUUACAAAAUUGUUCCUCCACGGUCCAAAAGAAAGAAAAGGGAAGACUUGCCGUCGCGACCGGUUCCCAAGAAGGAGAAGCGCUAUCACUGCCUGUACUGUGAGAAGAGCUUCUACAACUCCGGCAACCUUAAUGCGCACCACCGAAUUCAUACUGGAGAGAAGCCGUACAAAUGCUCGUACUGCGAGAAAAGCUUCACGCAGUCCGGACAGCUGAAGUACCACGAGAGGAAGCACACCGGAGAGAAGCAGCCGGAGCCGCGGAAGAAGAAGAAAGAGAGCAAGAAGAAUCUGGUCCCGUGCCCUUACUGCGGGAAGUGCUUUCCCAGCCAGUCGCACGUCAUCAUGCACCAGAGAAUUCACACCGGAGAAAGGCCGUACGUCUGCUCGCACUGCGGGAAGAGCUUCCGACAGAAGGGCCGCUUGAGGGCGCACGAAAGGCUUCACACCGGAGAGCGUCCCUUCUCCUGCUCCGAAUGUGGGAAAACCUUCAACGAGAAAAAAGACUUCAAGAUACACCAGACGGUUCAUACCAAAGAAAAGCCUUACCUGUGCUCUGUGUGUGGGAAAAGCUUCUCCAGGCCUGACGGCCUUUACUUCCAUCAGAAGAUCCAUAGCGACGUCAGGGCCCACUUGUGCUCCCUCUGCGGCAAAAGUUUCAUCCGCCUGGGGGCGUUGAAGAACCACCAGCGGACGCACAGCGACGAGAAGCCCUUCCUUUGUCCCCUGUGCGGAAAGUCCUUCAAGACGCCGCCGUACCUGCAGAAGCACAUCCGGACGCACUCCGGGGAGCGUCCCUACAGCUGCUCGCUCUGCGGCGAGAGCUUCUCGCGCUCCGACAACCUCGUGAGUCACGAGAAGAGGCACACUGGAGAAAGGCUGCACGAGUGUCCGCGCUGCGACAAGGCCUUCAUCCUGCCUGAGCUCCUGGUGGCCCACCAGGAGGUCCACACCGGAGAAAGACCGUACCGUUGUUCUGUGUGCGGAGAAACCUUCAGCUACUCCGGGUCUCUGCUGACGCACCAGAAGAAGCACACCGCGGAGGAACUCAGCGACAGCCCGCAGCCAGACUCCCAAGACGCCCAAGACCCCCAAGACCUUUAAAAACAAAUACCAAGUUAUCCUUUACCUCAAACGUAGUCGAUCACACAGCGCACGUUUGGUGUCUCAACUUGGUUUCGUUAGGUUUUUGCAGUGGAGCUUGGAGGCUAACGUAGCUAACGAGUAACAGAAUUAGCUUCACCAGUUAGCAUGGUGCCUUCACCAUCACGCUCGCCUCAAACCUUGUGGAGAUGUUCAGUAAUCUCUAAUAGACUUGAUUAUGUGGUUUGUAGGUGUGUCUUCUUUUCGGUAUGCAUUCCACAUGCGUAUUAAAACCAAGAAGCGAGGCUUUUUUCCAGUAUGUGUUCUUGUUAUGUACUAAAGCCAAGAGGUACUGUUUAUCUUCGGGGUGUAUUCCAAGAGAUAAGGCUUUUCUCCAGUAUGAAUUGACGGUACGUAUUGAAGCUGAGAGGUAAGUCGUCUCUCCAGUAUGCAUGCAUGUAUGUUUGUGUAUGAAAGCUCAGCAGUAAGGCUGUCUCCAGUAUGAGUUCUCUGUAUGUUUCAAACAUCCUAGGUCAGGCUUCUCUCCAGUAUGUAUUCUUUGUGCAUUCUGAGAGGCAGGGCCUCUCUCCACUGUGUAUUUCUUACACGUAUUGAAGCUCAGCAGUGAGACUUUUGUAUGUGUUGAUGCCCAGAGGUACGACACAGCUUUGGUAUGUAUUAAAGCCAAGAGGUAGUGUGGUAUCCAGUAUGUAUUCUUUGCACAUAUUUAAAUAUAUUCCUGUAUGUAUUUGUUUAUGCGUUUUUUAU